GGAGGGGGGAUACUGUAUAAAGCAGAGCAAUAAUUAUUACUUGCUGAUUCCUAAACCGUUCGCCCUAAACGUGUGCACGUUGAACAGCGGCUGGGAGCUGCCCUGAGUCGGGCCCUGGAGAGACCUGUUGUCGGGGCUGACGCGCAGCUCUCUACCUGCGAGCCUCGCCGGACUUGUCAGCACCAAGCUAAGCUGGCACGAGGCCCGCGAUAUCAAUGCUGCUGCUGCGGCUGUUGCUGCCAUGGCGACAAUACGAUUAUUUUUUUGCACACCUCAGCGGCGUGAGCAUUGAAUCUGGGAAUCCAUAUUGCAAGUAUUACUAUAAGAGUAAGAAGCAGUGCUGGAGAGAUGUUCUGUAUAUAGAUUUGUUUUGCGAUUUUCUUUAAUCGCAUAUUUUCCCUUUCAGUGGCACUGACACUGCUUCUGUUGGAUUUGCAGCCCAUGGCCAAAGUCGACAGCGUGAGAGGUUAUUUCAUCAUUCACAGCCGGUCUUUGCUGCUGUUUCGUGAUAUCGUGUCUUGUCUUAUAUCACACUUUUAAUUUUCGUGCGUCUAAUUAGACGUUUAAUUAUGCAAUCAGAGUGAGCAGAUGGUGUGUCGACUGUUUGAUUUUUGUUUAUUUGUUUUUUUCUUUAUUUGAAUUCUGGGUGGAUAUGCAGUAAUAUGCACAGAGCUAACAUGAAGAGAAGCAAAGAAGAAGCGGCCGAGGAGGAGGAUGCGCCGCGCACAGCAAGGACAUUUGAAGGAAAAACCAGGAAAUCCUGAGCGAACAAGCACGCCGACACACGGGUCACCUUUUCUAAUGAAGAAGUGAAUUAUUGAGAAAAUGAAAUGCCUAGUCAAACAAAUCUCUUUUUUUACACGUUAAAACAAUUUAUUCAAGGAUAGAAUAUAGAUUCAUUUGUACCCCAACAAGAGUCAUCUGGGCGGCAGAGAAAAAUCGAGGACCUCUGUUCAGUUACUGCUCUUAAGCUAAAAUCAAAGGGACGCUGAGAUUGACAGCUGCGUGUCACUUCCCGCUAUGGAUGGAGGCGAUACAGGAAAAGAGAGCACUAGUAUCAGAAGGGGCUCGGCAGUCGUUGCUGCCCACCCGGAUGGGGGAUCGGGCGGUAGCAGAAAAGGCAGAGGCAGCCUGUCAUCACUGGUCUACCGGCGAGCAGCCGCACCGGACUGGGAAAUGGAUGAGGCGGACUUGAUAGCGGACGGGGAUGCAGGGGGCCAGUCUCCUGCCGGUGACACGAUCAGUGGACGGGGCAGCCGGAGCAGUAGCCUCGCCGGAGCCAGAAAAGAUGUCACCCAGAAGCGGCAGUCGGUAAUGGGAUUAAAUCCCAAAGAGCCUGCCUCCCGUUCCAGCACCACGCCAACCUCCUCCCCCGCUUCGGGCCCUGCCCAGUCACACAAUCCGCAGAGGUCUGUGGGCUUUGCAAGAGCGGCACUUGCCUCCACGUCUUCCAGCGGCGGUGGCGGUGCGGGAGCGGGUUCGGGUGCGGGUGCUGCCACCCCGGACCAGAUCCUGCCGGCGGCUGAGGCCGAGGACUAUAGCUAUUCCAACCAAUCGACUUUCAUGCAAAGGCAAUUCGGGGCCAUGCUGCAGCCGGGGGUCAACAAGUUUUCCCUUCGCAUGUUUGGUAGCCACAAGGCGGUGGAGAUCGAACAGGAGAGAGUCAAGUCCGCCGGUUUCUGGAUCAUACAUCCCUACAGCGACUUUAGGUUCUACUGGGAUUUAAUCAUGCUGCUUCUUAUGGUGGCCAACCUAAUCAUUUUGCCUGUUGGCAUCACUUUCUUCAAAGAUGAGAAUACACCUCCCUGGAUAGUCUUCAAUGUGGUUUCAGACACGUUCUUCCUGAUCGAUCUUGUUCUCAACUUCCGUACGGGCAUUGUAAAAGAGGACAACACAGAAAUCAUCUUGGAUCCCCACACAAUCAAAAUGAAAUACCUGAAGAGCUGGUUUCUGGUGGACUUUGUGUCUUCCAUCCCGGUUGACUAUAUAUUUCUAAUUGUGGACCUGGAACCACGGGUGGACUCAGAAGUGUACCGCACUGCCCGUGCACUUCGUAUUGUACGCUUUACCAAGAUUCUUAGUCUUCUGCGACUUCUUCGGCUAUCCCGCCUUAUCAGAUACAUUCAUCAGUGGGAAGAGAUCUUCCACAUGACCUAUGACCUGGCAAGUGCUGUUGUCCGCAUUGUCAACUUAAUUGGAAUGAUGCUAUUGCUGUGCCACUGGGAUGGUUGUCUACAGUUCCUUGUCCCUAUGUUGCAAGAGUUUCCAGAGGAUUGCUGGGUCUCUAUCAACCAUAUGGUGAAUGACACUUGGGGUACCCAGUACUCAUAUGCCCUUUUUAAAGCAAUGAGUCACAUGCUAUGCAUCGGUUAUGGUGCUCAGGCUCCAGAGGGCAUGACAGAUGUGUGGCUUACCAUGUUGAGCAUGAUAGUGGGUGCAACUUGUUAUGCCAUGUUCAUAGGGCAUGCCACUGCACUCAUCCAGUCUUUGGAUUCAUCACGACGACAGUACCAGGAGAAGUAUAAACAGGUAGAGCAGUACAUGUCUUUUCAUAAGCUGCCGGCAGAUAUGCGUCAAAGAAUCCAUGAGUAUUAUGAACACCGAUACCAAGGAAAAAUGUUUGAUGAGGAAAACAUCUUGGGAGAGCUGAGUGAGCCUCUGAAGGAGGAAAUUGUCAAUUUUAAUUGCCGGAACCUCGUUGCCAACAUGCCACUUUUUGCCAAUGCUGAUCCCAACUUUGUGACAGCCAUGCUUACAAAACUACGAUUUGAGGUCUUUCAGCCUGGUGACUACAUUAUCCGAGAGGGUACUGUGGGUAAGAAGAUGUACUUUAUCCAGCAUGGUGUGGUUAGCAUCCUUACAAGAGGCAACAAGGAGACUAAACUCUCUGAUGGAUCAUACUUUGGAGAAAUCUGCUUGCUAACACGUGGCAGACGUACAGCCAGUGUUCGUGCUGAUACCUAUUGUCGACUGUACUCCUUGUCUGUUGACAACUUCAAUGAGGUGCUGGAGGAAUAUCCCAUGAUGAGAAGAGCUUUUGAAACAGUUGCAAUGGACCGCCUUGAUCGUAUUGGAAAGAAGAAUUCACUUCUGCUCCGCAAAGGUUCAGAAGACCCAAAUGGUAGUGGAGGAGGUGUAGGUGGACAGUAUGGGUCAUGCGACAGUGAAAUAGUUCAACAGAUUGUAAAACAUGAUCGAGACAUGGCUGCUCAUACUGUUCAUGACCUUCAGCAAGGGGCUGGAGGGGGAACUGGGGUUGUGGGAAGUAUAUCUCCAAGACCCAGACCUGUUAUUUGGGCUCCUCUAGUCCAUGCACCCCUUCAAACAGCAGCAGCCACUACAAAUGUGGCCAUUGCCCUUACACACCAGCAACAAAGCUUAGGAGCUACAAUAUAUCUCCCACCUCCCACCUGCACUCCAUCUCCUCCCCGUGGAGGUUCAAGUCCACUUUCACCUCCCAAUCAGUUGGAAUCUCAAGCUGUAAGACCACCUCUUCCUCGACGAUCUCAUCCUCCUCUCACACCAGGCUCUCGGCCUGGUUCUGUGAGCUCAGCAGGGGGUGUAUCUCCCAGAAUACAAACUCCUGGGUCUCCAUCAGGUUCUAUGGCUUGUUCCCAACUUCAGCUACAACCGGGCCAAACCCAAUCAACAUCAGUGCCCUGCACCUCUGCACCAACUACACCUACCCCUGUUUCGUCAGUUGGGACUCUGAUGGCACCUAGCCGAGUGAAGAGCAAGGAAGAGGAAGCACAAAAGCAGCCACAACAGAAAGUUCUACUUUCUCAGGCUACCUCCCUACUUCAGCAACAACAAAGUCAGCAUUCAUCACAGCCUCAUCCUUUAGCUGGCAGGACUCUCCAUUAUAGUCUCAGGAUGCAGCCCACUUCUACAGUAGGACAACCAGUACAGCAUCUUCAGCAGUUCCAGCAAUUGACACAACUGCAGAAACAAGGAAGCAGCAGUCGCAGUACUCCUCCACCUCAACUAGUAGCCCUGGUCAAGCAUGGAAGCACCCAGGGUCUUCCAGCCAUUGGUCGUUUGACACAGGAAGCCAGGCUUCUAUCAGCGUCCCAGCCUACGUUACCACACAGAGGCUCACAGACACUACUACAACAACAACCAGGCUAUCAGCCAUACUACCAUGAGCCCCUGCAAUAUUUCUUAGACCGUAGUCAUUCACAGUAUAGCCGUAAAUCUUCUGGGGGAAGCCUAACGCCUUUUUCUUCUUCUCCUCCAUUGUCUAUUCCUGGACAGCUUGCUCGACGCUGUGCUGGUAGCACAGGCAUUUUAUCAAGCACCCCAGCAAUCACGCCAACCAAUGUGGUUCCAUCUCAGCUGCAGUCUGGUCAUUUACAACAAUCUCCACAACCUCCCACCUCCAGUAGCUCUUGCACUCAACCUUCAGCAUGUCCUGCUAUGGGUGUUUCCCAGUCAUCUUCUACUGCCAGUUCUCCAGCAGCUCCUCCAUCAUCUAGUUUAUCUACAACUGCUGCCUCACAAUCCUCUCCUCUGCAAAGUACCACAGCUGUUUCCUUAUUAACCAGAGACUCCCCCUCAGUUUCUCUACAAAGGCAGACCACUGUAGCGUUCAGUGGAAGUAGCAACGAAACACCAGAGAAUGGCAGACCAAAGCUGCCCUCAAAUAUGUGACUGAGUAAACAUGUUCCGUAUUUUGAUAAUGAUACAUUCUGUUGAUUGGGACAGCAUUUUAGGAGGUGGGACAAUAUUAUCAAUAAGUAUGUAACAUUGUCCUUGAUAUCAAGCACUAUUGCCUAAUUACAAGUUACCACAAUUCAAACAAUAGUAAAGAAAUCUGUGUUGAUGGAGAGUGACACAAGGUGUUCCUUUAUCAACUUUUAUCCUUUUGGCAUCUGGUAGUUUUUUUUUUCUUUUUCUGACAAUAUUUUAAUUCAUCAAAUGCUUUAGCAAAGAAUGCUUCACAAUGUUUAACUGCACUUAGAACAUGCUCCAUUGCUCCCUGUAUCCAAAAUAAGUUAGCAAUAUAUAAGAACUGAAGUGUCAUUUUGACUUAACUUGCCCAAAGCUAUCUUUGAACUGUCAGAAUCUAAAAUAUGGGAGCUUUUAGGAGAAAAGUUAGUUAAAUAGGGCUGUUGAAAGUAGAAAUUACUUUGUAGAUCAACUUAAUGGGCUCCUUGUAUUUUAGCACAAAUUUGGUUGUAGCAGUGUCCCUGUUCAGUGAUAUGAUAGGUGAAAUAAAAAAAAAACUUUCGGAAGGCAAUAAGAAUUGUCAUGCUCUGACAUGGCCCAUUAGCCUAUGUAACCUAACAGUGCCAGUUUAGAGAGCUGCAGGGUGACACGGCUACAGAUUUUCCAUUCCUUCUGAAAAACUAUAAAAUUCAUAAAGCCUCAACAGAGAAGAAGUCAACAAAUGAACUGAAAAUGAACAAGUUUCUAAAAGUUUUUUUCUGCACCCUCAAAAUAUUCUGCUGUCCCUGUUAAUCCACAGGUGUUGUCUUUCUUUCAGUCCAGCCUGAGUGAUGCAAAUGUGAGUGACUAGCUGCAGAGUUGGCAUUCUAAAGAUUAUUUUAUCAUGACCUGUGAAUGAGCCAGAGUAUUUUCAGGCUGGAUCAUGCUGCCUUGCUUUAUAACAUUGAAUGAGCUAAUAAUAAACAAUAAAUAAAAUUAAAUUCCAGAGGGAAUUGGGCCGUAAGCUUUGUAAAGGGAAAAAAAAAACAGCAAGCAACUAACGAGUGAAUGUACUUACUAUUAGCCAGUCAUAUGAUAAUCAUAAUUUGAAGCAGAUAUAACGUGGGUUAUUGAAGAAUAUUUGAAUGGGGAUUUUCUUCAGAUCAAACACUUUGAACAAAUUGUGAUAAAAGACUAUGUGUUUUAUUCCAUAGUUUCCCAUUGUUUGCUGCAAAAGGUUAAUCUGCUUCCAACCCUUAUUUUAAAUUUUUUGCUUAAUUUAUUUUGGUAUAAAUUAUAAUCUGUUUGGCCAUGGCUACAUAGUCCCCUUAAAAACCUUCAAAACAUGUCUUCCAACAGUUAAAAAAAAUACCAAGGCUAUCCAAAAGCCAUUAAACCAUAUUAUAACCAUUAUGUGUGUGUACAUAUAUGUAAGGUAGUGGGGUGAGUAGUAUUUUUUUUUUGUUAAGCGGGCAUCUGAGUAUGAAAGCCAUUAAGGCAAGUUAAUACAGUUGCUUUCUAGUGGGCUCUGUGAUGGUUGUACUCUUAAACUGCCUGGGCUUCACUUUGUGUGCUUCCCUUUGUGACUGCUGUUUUUAUCCUUGCAACUCCACUGAUUACAUAUUAGGAUAAAUACGAAGUAUAAUGGCAAAGUAAGACCACUACAGGGCUUGAUUGGUUCUCUAAAUCUUGUUUUUACUGCUUUUGGAACUAGCCCAGCAUGUCAAUGUGGGAGGAAGAAUGUUGCAUUGCUGUCUGUCAUUUUCCUCUCAAAAAUUACUUUUAGCACAAAAUGUGUCCUAAACAUUCCUUUAAAAAGUGCCAUUAAAAUUUUUAAAUAUUUGCACUUUUAUUUUAAGUAUACCCAAGGGCUACAAAUAUUUUAAACUGGAACCCUUAUGACUAUUGGCAUUUCUUUCACUUUCUUGUGAACGAAGCAUUAUAUCCAUGUGGAUGUGCUGUGCUCUUCUGGCCAUACAGACUGGACAUGAGCAUGAAAUCUCUGUCAGGUCCCCUGAUUUCUUUUAUCACCAAAGGGUUCAAUUUAGUAAUCUACAAUCUCAAAACUAACUUUUUUGAGUGAUUUUGGAUAUUAGUUAUAUGUGAGUAUGUGUAUGUAUGUACUAUAUAUGUGUGUCUGUAUGGGUGAGAUUUUUCUGUAACAUGACAGAAUAUACCAACCCUAUUGUCUCUCUCCAUCACGUUUAACCCUUAGUCAAUGUGUUUUUUAAUGUUGUGGAAAAAAAGUAGAAAAUUUGUUAUGCAUAGUUAUAUCAUGUUGGGCCAAACUCUUUUCAAAUCACAGCUGUAGAUCUGCAAAAAGCAUCACAAUUCUCAGCCUUUAGUAAUGGACAAAAAAUGUACAUGUUUUGCCUGCUAUUUGUUUAUUGUUUACAUUUGAGUGGCUGCCAUUAGACCUUGCCUUGUGUAGUAAAGAACUCUAGGCUCCUGUAUUUUAAUAAACAAAAGGAGUGAGUAUAAGUAAUAUUAGGAUUGUAUACUUUUAAAAAUUUGCAAAUAUUUUUACUGUCUAUUUAAUGCCCGACAUAUUAAGUAAGGUCUUUCACACCCCGAAUGCAAUGACUAGGGUAUUUC